AUGCUGUGUCGACGUGUCCUCACACUUCCAAUUCAAUUAUCUAGGCUCUACUCAUUACAAGCCUCCUGUCAACAACGCGCUCGCUCGGCCCCGUAUCCUAAGCGUACCCACAACUGCGGCUCGCUGACUGCUCGAGAUGCCGGCUCUCGCGUAGUACUCGCUGGCUGGAUUCUUCCUGAGCGGAAGGGAAAGGCCAUAUCCUUCUUUCCCAUAAAAGAUUCACAUGGGACGACUCAGCUCAUUGUAAAUCAUGCAGAUAAUCCUGCCUCCUCCUCGAUCAUUUCAGAAAUUCCUGUCGAGUCUACGGUUCUGAUCGAAGGCACCGUUCUUUUACGCCCUUCAAACGCAAGGCGUUCUGAUCCUACAGGAGAAAUUGAUGUCCAAGUUGACAAAGUUACCUUGUUGAACCCAGCCACUAAUCUCCCCUUCCUCCCGUCGAACCCACAUAACCUGCCAAACGAGGAUUUAAGGAGCCGUCAUCGGUAUUUAGACCUCCGACGCACUGCCUUGUCUGAGAACAUUAAAAAGCGAAGCCAAGUUGCGCACCUUGUUCGCAAUAUCCUUCAUACUAUCGGAUUCACUGAAGUUGAAACACCUGUACUUCUCAGGUCAUCGCCUGAGGGUGCUAGAGAGUUUUUGGUGCCGACUCGUAUAAACACGGCAUCGCCCACCUCGCAGGAGCCUUUAUUCUACGCAUUGCAGCAAUCCCCCCAACAACCGAAGCAGCUGUUGAUUUGCUCUGGUGGCGUGGAUAAAUAUUUCCAAAUUGCCAAAUGUUUCCGUGACGAAGAUGGCCGCAAAGACAGACAACCGGAAUUCACGCAGAUUGAUCUCGAAAUGGCAUUUGUGUCAUGGUCUGGCGAUGAAAAGGGAACCUCAUGGAAAAUAGGGGGUGGUGAAGUUCGCGACGUUAUCGAAACACUGUUACGGGAGAUAUGGCAGCAAUUCGAGAAUGUCGCGCUUCCGCCUAGGUUAAGAGUUAUGACCUAUCAUGAUGCCAUGACACACUUCGGCUCAGAUAAACCUGAUACCCGUUUCGGGCUCGAGAUCACCGAUCUCACCGAUCUUUUACCUGCCAACCGAGCCUUAUCUAGAGAGAAUGAAGUCAUCGAAUGUAUCGUGGUUCGCGAGCCUGAAUUUAUAAAAGCCUCGCAUAGCUUCAAGCAUGAUUACGAUGUGGAACAUAUAACCCUUACUGAAGAGAAUCUACAAACCUGGCUUCUCGGGAGUGAUAGCGCAAGACAGAUACUAUCGCAAGAAGAUCAGUCAAUUGUUAACGAUGCUCUCAAAAUUAAAUCGGGAGAUGACGUUUGGUUGACCCGUCGUUCUCGAUUGCCGAAAGGUGGAUCCACAGUCCUCGGAAAGGUGCGCCUCGGCUUGGCCGAACUUGCCCAAUCUCAAGGCGAAUUCACACCUACAAAGGAUCCUCACUUCCUCUGGAUAACCGAGUUUCCACUCUUUACUCGUGAUGAUUCAGAUAAGGAUUUUCUGGCGAAAGGUCGAUGGAGUAGUUCCCACCAUCCAUUCACAGCGCCUAUGUGGGAGGACAUACCCACAUUGUAUCGAGGUGAUAUUGAAACCGUCCGUGGACAACACUACGAUCUCGUUUUAAACGGCGUUGAGAUCGGAGGUGGAUCUGUCCGUAUCCAUGACCCGCUCAUGCAAGACCACAUUUUCACCAAUGUCCUGCAGUUGAGUGAAAACGAGAAGACGCCGUUUAAUCACCUUGUGCGUGCUUUGCAUUGUGGCGCGCCGCCUCAUGGGGGUAUCGCGCUAGGAUUUGAUCGCAUCAUGACAAUGCUGUGUAACACGCAAUCCAUACGGGAUGUGAUAGCAUUCCCCAAAACGAGUCUAGGGACCGACCUUCUCUUCAAAAGCCCUGCUCCAGUUACAAGCCAAGUAUUGUACGAAUAUGGUAUCCAGCCGCGGUCUGCGACAUGA